GGACAGAAUGAUGCUGCUGAAAUUAGAACAGGAAAUUUUAGAUUUCAUUGGUAAUAAUGAAAUUCCAAGAAAAAAGUUUCCCCCCAUGACAUCAUACCAUAGAAUGCUGUUGCACAGGGUAGCUGCUUACUUUGGAUUAGAGCACAAUGUGGACCAGAGUGGGAAGUCAGUCAUAGUAAAUAAAACUAGCAAUACAAGAAUACCUGACCAAAAGUUUUGUGAACACAUAAAGGAUGAGAAGAGUGACGACUUCCAGAAGCGGUACAUCCUUAAAAGAGAUAACUCUAGUUUAGACAAAGAUGACAACCAGAUGAGAAUGCGAUUAAAAGAUGACAGAAGAAGUAAAUCCAUAGAAGAACGUGAAGAGGAAUAUCAGAGAGCUAGAGAGAGAAUAUUUGCACAAGAU